AUUGACACACUUGACAACGUUGGUAAACACUAUAGCAAACACCGUUAAUGGCAAAACGUCACUGAUAACAUAUAUAAAAUUAACAAAAAUUCAAGUUUCCACGGGGGUCCGUGGCCGUGACAACUCAUUACUUAUGUACUAAAUUGUACAUAGAUAACACUGUUUUAGCACAACAAUGAAUACAUCAGCGACGGCGCCGUUGAUCAUCAACCAGGAGGAUGUAGAACAGGGUGGAAAGGAAUAUGAGGAUGGAAUUGAGGAUGACUUUGCAUACAGAAAUAAUGUGUUGCAAGCAACUAAGGCUGUGAGAUUGGGGUUUAUUCGUAAAGUUUAUGGUCUACUGAGCAUCCAAUUAUUUAUAACAGUAAUUGUGGCUAGUGUCAUGAUGUUCACACCUCCAAUUAAGGAAUUCAUUCAUACCAAUGAUUGGUUAAUGAUGGUUGCAAUGUUUGGAAGUCUUGCUCUAUUAUUUGCCCUUUUUGUGAAACGUCGGGAGUCCCCUACGAACUUGAUCCUGUUGGCUGCAUUUACUGUGGUCCAAGCAUAUUCUGUUGGUGUAAUCUGUACCUUCUAUUCUCAAGCAAUCGUUCUUGAAGCAUUACUAUUAACUUUGACUGUGUUAGCUGGUUUAACACUGUACACUUUCCAAACGAAACGUGACUUCUCGUCUAUGCAUUCAGCAUUAUUUGCUGGGCUCUGCAUUUUAAUCGUCGGCGGUUUUCUACAAAUAUUCAUACAAUCAAAUGUAUUCGAAUUGCUUAUUGGUUUGGGCGGUGCAUUCCUUUUCAGCUUGUUUAUCGUAUUCGAUACGCAAAUGAUGAUGGAGACAUUGUCGCCCGAAGAGUAUAUUCUUGCGACCAUCAACCUGUAUAUGGACAUAAUCAACUUGUUCAUUUACAUUUUGCGUAUCUUACAGGCUGUCAACAGGCAGUAAAUGAUUUAUUCUUGUCAUGUCUGAUGUGUAACUGUGAACCUUAUACACUUUUAAUUGUUAUUGAUGUGCAUUUAUAUAUUUUAUUCUGAUUUUUACCCUCUAGUAUUAAAUUAGUAAAUAUUUCUAUACAGAAAAGUCUAUGGCAUAUAGUACUAUUCGUUUUAUUUAUGUUACUACUUGUCAUUAUAAUUAAUGGUGUUUUAUAGGAGUUUGAAUUAUCCUAUUAUUAUUAAAAGUCGUAAAAAAUCAACUGAUAACUUAGUUAAGUAAAAUAGAAAGGUAUUUAAUAAUUGUGUAUUAUAUUGAACGGGCUUUGAAUUGUAAUAAUUUGUUACCAAAGAAAAUACAUCUAACUGUUCAAUUAUUGAUAAGUCCUAUUAAAAUAAAUAAAAUUCAAAAAUGA